AUGGAUUCGAAUGGAAAGGGGCUUUUUGAUGGAAUGGGUUAUGGAAUUGAAUGGAUAGGGGCUUCAGUGGUGCUGGUUAAAUAUAGGACGUGUAAGUUGACUCCGAGGAUCUUUUCUAAUCUUCACAUUGAUUUUUCAAGUUUUACGCUCUCCCAGAUUCAAAGCAUUUCGCUGAAGGAGAAGGUUUGCAUUGGUUUUUCUCUGCCCGAGCUCUUCAGAGAUAUCCACGGUCAAUAUUCUGAUUUUCUGAGGAUUUUUGAAUAUGGAGGAUUACCCUCUAAAUCCAAUUAUUUAUUCUUGGAGGAUUAUGUAGAUCGUGGGAAGCAAAGUCUGGAAACAAUAUGCCUUCUCCUUGCAUACAAGAUAAAGUAUCCUGGAAACUUUUUCCUUCUGAGGGGCAACCAUGAAUGUGCUUCUGUUAACUGCUUAUAUGGAUUUUAUGAUGAAUGUAAGCGGAGAUUCAAUGUUCGACUAUGGAAAAUAUUCACUGAUUGCUUUAAUUGCCUACCUGUUGCGGCGUUGAUUGAUGAAAAGAUACUCUGCAUGCAUGGGGGACUUUCUCCCAACCUGCAUGAUUUGGAUCAAAUCAGAAAUCUACAACGUCCAACUGAUGUUGCAGAAACUGGUUUACUUUGUGAUCUACUCUGGUCAGAUCCUAUUAAUGAU